UGGCGGACGAUUGCCCGUAGAAGGAAUGCAGACAAAUUUGUUAGUUUCUUGCCUAACAAAGUUAUAAUGGCAGCAAUAAAGCACAAUUUACAAAAGGAAGUGUUUAAGCCAAGCGGAGAACGACUGUACGCAGUAGUAAAUGUUACCAAAGCAGGCAAAAAGAAGAAAGCAAGUUUCCUCUGUGCUGCUGUAACAAUUGACAAACCUGAGACAGUCUCCAUUUACCAAGUAAAGAAGACCGACAAGGACACAUUCAAGAAAAAGGCAUCAUGGAGAUUUAGAGACCUAAAGAUCAUAGAUGGGAAAGAUGCCACUAAGGAAACUCCAGAUUUUGACCUUCAAUUUGAAAAGACCUACAAAUGGGUUGCAAGCAGCCCAGCAGAAAAGUUCAACUUUAUUACCGGACUUUACAAGCUUUGUGAAAGAUAUCCAACACAAAGAAAACCUACUAUUUAUAAUAUCAAUACUGCACUCAUAGAAGAGACUAUUCAUGCUGGUGAGAGUGGGAGAAUCCAACCACAUACAGAAGAAGGAGUCACUGUUGAAGAUUACCAAGAGUUAACACAAAGAGAAGAGGGUGAUCUAGAACACAUGAUGUCACAAACAGAGAACUCAAUCAGCAACCUUGAAGCAUUCACUGARCAGUUGUCCAAAGAUUUGUCUGUCCUAGAUGGGGCAAACAUCCAUUCUAUCAUGGCAUCAGAAGAUCAAGUCAACAGUYUGAUGGAGCUACUAGAAUGUGCCCUUGUAGAACUUGACAAACUAGAUUCUAGGCUAUCCCAGUAUGAUGAAACAAUACAGAAAGUACGUAAYCAAAUGGAGCAAAUGGAGGACAAAGACAGACACAUGGAGACAGAAAGCACUAACAGGCAAAACCUGUUGCAAUCAGUGACAUUCCUUGUGAAAAGUCUUGACAUUCCUGAGAGACACAUUCUUGCUUUACAAGAAGGAGAUCUUUCCAAAGGACUGGCAGUCACAGAAUGCACAGAAGCAGCUAAUGCCAUACUUAAUUCUYUAAAUGCAGAAAUAUCACCUGCUUUGUGUAAAAUGAAAGCUGUAAAACAGCAGCAGGUCAAAUUUGAACAGAUCAGUAGAGAUUUUGCGCAAAGGUUAAAACUCCAUCUGGCAGGGAUUUUUCAUCAACAUGGUCAGGAUAUUGAUUUAGCURCAAAGCACUCAAGUGAACUACAUCUUCCCAAACAUCUCAACUGCCACAAAGAACUGCUGCCCUAUGCUGGUUUGAUGAAAUGGCUCAAAUCUAUUGAUCAAAAUAUCUUCAUGGAGCUGUGCUUGGAUUAUGUCCAGUCACUGAGCAAAAUCUAUGAACGACAACUAAAAGACUGUUUUGAGACAGCCAGGCAAAGAUCUGUAUCCAAAGGCUCAAGAUCACUUCAUAAUGCCUUCAAGAUGACGGGAUCUGGAUCUGGUGUCAAGCUAAACGUUGAUGAACCUGGAAUAAGAAUGAGCCCACGCCCAAGUCCACGGCCAAUGGCUCAUAAAUUCAGAGGGCGAGACAGACGAGAUACUGGUGAAUCAGUUGCUGCUUCAGAUUCCACGUCUCAGUCAGGAUCUGUUGGUUCUAUGGAUUCUGGAUCAUUAGCCUUGGAAACUAGAGGCAGAUUUGAUAGGGUAUUUGAUAUUCUUCUGUCUGAGCUGGAACCAGUUUGUACGUCUGAACAGGAAUUUGUACAGACCUUUUUUGACCUUGUAAUGGAUGAAUUUGAGACACCAGARGCUUCACUCAAUGGAAGAGAUUCAAGUGAUGGUGCAUAUAUGAGUAAAUCGCAYUCUGGGGAUGUCAGAGAACGCAAGCAACUGAGUGAGGAUGUCAGUGUGUUGAUUUACAGCCGAAGACGAAAGAUGAUUGAAAGACGAGAAGAGAUUAAGAAAAUAAUGCAAGGCCUUUUUAGUAUUCUGGACAACGAACUUCACGCAUUUAUUCAGUUUGGCGAUAAACUGGAUAGUUUUAAUACGAUGUAUAUGUUGGUUCGCAUCGGUCAGUAUGUCAUUACCAACCAACUAUCAGGAGCUCCUGUCUCUUACCUCAGUCARCAACUUGGCAAUUGUCUGAUUACCGUUAAACGAUUAUUUGACAAGUUUAUCGCUGGUCUUAUCAGACAAGUCCAAGAAGCAAAAAUCAACAGAAACAAAAGAUGUGGAAUUCUGCCAUUUGUAGCGAAAUUUGAGGAGUUUGUAGAAAUAUCUGAAGGGAUAUUUAAGACGGCUGAACGGAGGACUGACCUUGAUAAAGCUUACAUUCAACUUACUCGAGUUGUGUUCGAUAACGUUGAACGUGUCGCCGUGGAGAGCCUCAAGAGCCCAAAGGCUGUUGUCAUGCUAGAAAACUAUCAUCAUCUGUUCAGGGUGUUGUCCCGUCUCAAGAUAUCAUGUCUAGAAAGGGAAAAGCGCGAAGCAAAGGAGAAAUAUGGUGUCAGUCUUAAUGAAUAUGUGAAGGAUAUGUUGGGCAGACCCAUGGAGAAACUUAGCAUCUUUUUCGAGGGAGUUCAGGAAAAGAUCGCGGCGGGAGUCAAGGCCGAAGAGGUUGGAUAUCAGUUAGCAUUCAGCAAACAAGAGCUGAGAAAAUGCAUCAAGGAGUAUCCAUCAAAAGAGAUCAAAAAAGCCUUAGAACACUUGUACAAGAAAGUCGAAAAACAUUUAUGCGACGAAGAGAAUUUACUACAGGUUAUUUGGAAUUCAUUGCAAAAAGAGUUUAUCGAACAGUACAAACACUUUGGUGAUUUGAUCAACCGAUGUUAYCCAGGCUCCAUGAUCACGCUGGAAUACACAAUCGAAGAUGUAUUGAUGCACUUUUCCAACAUUGCAACAUCUCAUUGAAAUCAACAUUUCACGCCUUGUGACGUCAUGCAAUUUUCGGUGAAGUGCAUUAUGAGAUUGACCCGGAAAGUACAAACUAAAUUCAAACUGUUUCGCCGCGAUAAUUUCGCACAGAAACUUCUUCCUUCGCAUUUUUAUAUUUAAGACAUUCUAUUCGUCAUGUUGUACUAGUAAUUUUAUCAAUACCAUGAUGCAUUUCGCCGMAACUAACAUGACGUCGGGAAAAGGGAAAUGGACCAACUCAAAACGCCGUUCCUUUAAGUGACAUAAUGUUGCGUCACUUGAAAAAAAUCAUGAUUCUACUGCGGUUGAAAGACAUUUCGUUACUUUCGAUAUUAAUCCCAGUGUAGUUUCCUCUUUUUUUUUCAAUUGAAAUUUACUUUUGUAGAAAUGAGCUUGGCCAAGCCUGGUACGAACUUUUUAAUCAUGCUAUAUGAUCGGCAUUUUCGUAGAAACUUCAACCUGUUGAACAUUGUAUGGAAAAGAUUAUUAGUCGUUUACAAAGCCUCUGCACGAAAUAAGAAUAUCAGAAUUAUCAUAGAAGAAUAAAAAGGAGAUCUCACAAAUUAACCAACAAUAUAACACAGAAAUUUAAAGUUAAAAAGAUAUUGUCACCUGAAUGAAUGACUAGCAAAAUUUCAAAAUUAUGCGAAUAAAAUGUAUAAACCAGGGUG